AUGCAACGAAAACAAGCUAUGGGAGAAAUGCUAUCUGCAAUUGCAGUUGCAUCAAUUUCAGUAAUUUUUUGUUAUGCAUACACUAAAUACAUGGAUCCACGACGUCUUUUUAAGCAUUAUCAAGGCGUUGGAGAAGGAUUUUCAAAUACUACUUGGGCUUUGUAUUACGCAAGCUUCGAAAACGAUAAACAAGAUAAGGCAUGGACCUAUUGGUCUAAUGAUUUAUCAAUUACACUUCGAGAACCAAUUCCAAAAACUUAUCCAAUGGAAGGUUACUAUUCAUGCAAAAACAAAACGUUACUUAAGCGUCACAUGCAGUAUUUACACAGUGCUGGCAUACAAGCGAUCGUUGUUCCAUGGUUUAGUUCAAAUAGAAUCGAUCCAAGGACAAAUAAGAAGAGAAUAACAGAUAAGGCAUUAAGCAAAAUAGUUAGUGUAGCAGAAUCACACGAUAUUAAAGUUGCAAUUAUGAUUCCAGAGUAUAAAAAUCGAACAUGGGUUACAAUAAGGCAAGAUAUCAAGAGAUACAACUCAUUAUACUCAGGACGUUCUUCUAUUCUUAGAACAAAUAGAAGACCAGUCAUAUUUAUCGAAAAAGCAAGUAAAUUAGAAAAAUCAAUGUAUUACUUAACAACAAGUCGUCGUACAUACUUCGAUUCUUACUUUGUUGCUCAUGUAUCAACAAUGGAAGAUAUUAAUGAGGCAACAGAGUCAGGAUAUGAUGCUAUUUGUCCAUUAUAUGGCGAUGAAAAAGAUUCAUGGGCCACGAACACUUCACAUUGGCCAACCAUCAAAGAUAUUACUAAACCAAGAGCAAUGACGUUUAUUCCUGUUGUUUCUCCAGGAAAUUCAGAUAUCUCAAGAAAUGGAGGAAAAUAUUACGAAGAAAGAUGGGAAACAGCUCUUAAAUACAACAGUCACGUAUUUGUUGACUCAUUCAAUGGUUGGUUCGAUGGAACAAAUAUUGAACCCGCAUUAAGUACUGCAGGGCACAAAUUGGACAAUGAUAACUGGAGUGGUGAAGAUCCUAAUGCUUUCAUAACAAUAACAAGACAAUUUGCUCAGAAACUUGGCAAAUUUAAUUUUAUUUUUAAUUGA